CGGCCCCGGUGUAGCGCGGCCGGAAGCGUAGGCCCCUGGAGAAGGAGGAAGCCGCCAUCAUGGGCGACAAAAUGGAUAUGUCUUUGGACGAUAUUAUCAAGCUGAACCGGAGCCAACGUGGUGGUGGCGGCCGGGCUGGCGGUGGUCGAGGCCGAGGAAGAGGAACCUCUGGCCGCGGUGGUGGUGGGACCGGCCGAGGUGGUGGUGGGCGGGCGGGAGGUGGCCCCCUGCGGAACAGGGCCGCCCUCGCCCGGGGAGGCGGCAGAAACAGGCCUGCACCCUACAGCCGGCCAAAACAGCUCCCUGAUAAGUGGCAACAUGACCUGUUUGAUAGUGGAUUUGGUGCUGGCGCUGGUGUGGAGACAGGUGGGAAACUCCUUGUCUCUAAUCUGGAUUUUGGUGUCUCCGAUGCAGAUAUACAGGAGCUUUUUGCAGAGUUUGGGACGUUGAAGAAGGCGGCAGUGCACUAUGACCGAUCUGGUCGUAGUCUAGGUACAGCAGAUGUACAUUUUGAGAGAAAGGCAGAUGCUCUGAAAGCUAUGAAACAAUAUAAUGGAGUCCCCCUAGAUGGACGUCCUAUGAACAUCCAGCUGGUUACGUCACAAAUUGAUACACAGAGGAGACCAAUACAGAGUGUAAACAGAGGAGGCAUGACCAGAAACCGUGGUGGCUCAGGUGGUUUUGGUGGUGGUAACAGACGAGGCAGCCGUGGCAGCAGAGGCAGAGGUAGAGGUGCUGGCAGGAGUUCCAAGCAGCAGCUCUCUGCAGAAGAACUGGAUGCACAGUUGGAUGCUUAUAAUGCCAGGAUGGAUACCAGUUAAACCAGUUGGCGCAUCUUGUGCAUGGAAAGGACUGCAGACAUCUCAUUCCAUGCUCCCCAGGGGGAGGGGAAGGGUGUAUGGCGGCUACUAAUAUCAAGGAUGGAAUUUGUUUUACUUUUAUGUUUUGGAAUAGGUUUUAAACUCAUGUAAAGGUUUCUUUCUUUUUUUAAAAAUUCUGAAACAGAUCUGUUUUGUACUGAGUUAUUUUUGGGAAAAAUUUUACUGGUUGCCUGUUGGGCCUUGGUGUCUUUUUCACCUUGGCAGUAAUAAAUUAGAAAUGUGUCUAGAGCUGUAAAUGUCUGCUUCCUGUUGCAGCUGAAGCCUAGCCUUGGGGCUGCAGGAGCCAAGAUUUGUUGGGGAGCAGGAAUCUGCCUGCAGGCCCCUGGUGACAGAGUUGGUGCUGAGUUGCCCUUCCCAUGGGGAGGGAUUCUGCUUUCUCAGGUCUCUCUCCUCCACUAUGUCCCAGUAGGGGCUUGUAAACUUGUACAUCCCCCCAUCUCCUGUGUGCUGACUCUUCUCUUUUUGUCUGUGCUAAAGCCAACCAGUGUGACUGCUUUUUGCAGGGAAGUGGUGGUGGGGUUCUGCAGUAAAAUAGCUCCACCCUCUGCUAUGGAGAGGGAGUGAAUUUCUUGUUAAAGUCGUUUUUGUAUUUAACACUUGAUUCCAAAGUUCAGUGCUGGUCCCACCUCAGUAUUUUUACUGUAAAAUAGUUGCUGUGAAUUCAGUGACUCCAACAUGCCAAGUAAAGAUUUAGUCUUUCAACUCGCAAUUUCACAUUGAAUUCUUUUUUUAAAAAGUAAAUCUGUUUGUCAUUUUUUACAGUGUACUCUGGUCUCACAACUUCCAAUACAUUGGUAUAAAACUGUGUUCAGGUUUUUGUGAAAUGGGGAGGAUGGAAAUGUACAUCACAGUAAUGUGACAGUGGUUUUUAUCUUGUGUUGGGAUAAAUCCAGAUUUGUUGGAAACAUGGUGACAGUCCCAUCCAAGGGCACAUCCCAUAUUCUAAGACUCCAGCCCUUUUAUAUGAAUUCUAAUACAGGAACGAACUUUCCAUUUUAAAGAUGUAAACCAUUAAUGUGUUUGCCACCCUAACUUUCUAAUGGUGGUCGGGGCAGAGAGAAUAAGAAAGCUUCAAUACUUUGAAAAUGUGGAUGUGGUGAAAUACCAAAGUUUCUUGUGUAUAACGACCAGUGCAGAAGAUCCUUGAAUGUCUCUGGUAAUAAACUAUAUAGCAGUGGAACAAAUGUAAGAUACUUGCUGGAUAAUGUGAGUUGUCAGUUACUUGAUAUUCACAGUUUGUUUGCUUUCAUAUCAGUCUUUAUAAAACAUUAAUAACUACUGUAAAUAUAUUACUCCACUGAAGGCCUGUAAUUAUGAUCUUAUGUGGAAGAUAU